CUCGAUAAGUCCAAUUCAAAGAGGUUAAGAAAAAAGAGCUUCUGCGUUUCGAAAAAGCACUAAACAACUAUGAGGAGCCCAUCCCUUCUCUCUUUGGCCCUACUGCUUCUCGCAGCAGUUGUGUGUAAUGCACAAGAUUUCGACUUCUUCUACUUCGUUCUACAGUGGCCGGGGUCUUACUGCGAUACUAGGCAGAGUUGUUGUUAUCCGACCUCCGGCAAGCCGCCCGCGGACUUCGGCAUCCACGGGCUUUGGCCAAACUACAACGAUGGAUCGUACCCGUCCAACUGCGACCCCGAUAGCCCCUUCGAUGAAUCGAAGAUAAGCGACCUGAUAGGGCGAAUGCGAACGAAUUGGCCGACCCUCGCAUGCCCGAGCAACGAUGGCGUGAAGUUUUGGGGGCAUGAGUGGGAGAAGCACGGCACCUGCGCCGAGUCCAUCCUCGACGAGCACAGCUACUUCCAAACUGCUCUUAACCUCAAGAACCAGUUGAACCUUCUCCAAACUUUACAAAAUGCAGGGAUCGAGCCGGACGGUGGAUACUACAGUUUGAGCAGCAUCAAAGAGGCUAUAAAAGAAGGAACUGGUUACACCCCAUUCAUCGAAUGCAAUGUCGACGAGUCGCGGAACAGCCAAUUGUAUCAGGUUUACUUCUGUGUGGACACUUCAGGUUCCCAGCUCAUUGAGUGCCCAGUAUUUCCCAGAGGAAGAUGCGAUUCAAGGAUUGAGUUCCCUGCUUUUUAGUAGAUAAGGGUGUGUUGGGUUGUAGUUUUAAUUAAUCAGUUGCUUGUAUUUCAUAAUAAGAUAAUUGGAGCAUUUAUUCCUGUAAUGAAAGAGACAUAUAUGGCAUCACUUUCAUAUUCCCUCAA